CUUGUCUUCUUUGCAGAGCCAUGGGCAGCAAGAAGAAGGAAAUUGCCUUGCAGGUUGACAUCAGUACCCAGGAGCUUUGGGAAGAAAUGCUCAGUUCCAAAGGACUAACUGUUGUGGACGUCUAUCAAGGCUGGUGCGGCCCCUGCAAACCCGUGGUGAGCCUCUUCCAGAGGAUGAGGAUUGAGGUUGGCCUGGACCGUCUGCAUUUUGCAUUAGCCGAGGCAGACUGUCUGGAUGACCUUGAAAAACACCGAGGGAAGUGUGAGCCCACCUUCCUGUUUUAUGCAGGUGGAGAACUGGUGGCGGUGGUGAGAGGAGCAAAUGCUCCACUUCUGCAGAAGACCAUCCUGGAUCAGCUGGAAGCUGAAAAGGAGGUGCUGGCUGGUGGCAGAGAACGGAGAGUGAUUAAGGGUGAGGCCAUUUCUGGUGAAGAUGAAUGUUUUUCUCAUGAAAAGGGCGAUGGUGAAGAUGAGGACAUUGUGUCUUCAGAGAAGACCUGUACCUUGGCAAUCAUUAAGCCAGAUGCAGUGGUCCACGGAAAGACUGAUGAGAUUAUUGUGAAGAUCCAGGAAGCUGGGUUUGACAUCCUAAAAAAUGAAGAGAGAACCAUGACAGAGGCCGAAAUGCGACUUUUCUACCAACACAGAGCUAGAGAGGAGGCAUUUGAAAUGCUGGUUUAUCACAUGUGCAGUGGACCAAGCCACCUCUUGAUCCUCACCAAGACCGAGGGCACUGAAGAUGUUGUUACUGCCUGGCGAGCCCUCAUGGGGCCCUGUGACCCUGAUGUGGCUAGGAGGGAGCAGCCUGAAAGUCUCCGAGCUCAGUAUGGCACUGAAAUGCCCUUCAAUGCUGUCCACGGAAGCCAGGACAGAGAAGAUGCCAACAGAGAGCUGGGCCUGCUCUUCCCCAGUUUCAAGUUUUCAGACAAAGGCCCAGAAGCCCCUGAGGGCGCUGAGGCUGAAGGAGCAGCAGGUCCCACAGAGGCACUCCGCAUCCCUGAGAACAUGGACUAACAUUCCGUGCUGCUCUUCUGGACAUGUGCCAGGG